CGCGAGAGGAGAGGUGCGUACGCAGACAUGGCUGCUGUGUGAUGGAGCUGGAGCAGCGGACUGAACUAAGAGGAGAGACACAAACUAAAGUAUUGAUCCUAUCGCGUUAUCCUCGGUCCGAGACCAAUACCGACGGCGGUAUCGCUUCAAUCCAUAUUUGGAUCGAUCUGCUCAGCCCCAGUUGAAUCAGCAAUGUGUUCAGUUCACAAUCUCAGAGAGUUCAUCAAGGAGAGACUAAGUGCUGCUUGUGAAGAAAUCUUCUCAGAGGUUCAAAAAACCAUCCUCCAGUAUGAGGAGGAGAUCGACCGUCAGCGCAAACUGCUGGAUAUCAGCCGGAAACCCGAUACAAACUCACACGUCGCAGACCUCCCAAAACAACUUGACUGUGAGGAAGAGGAGGGUCUGGAUGAGCAGCAGGUCUGUAACCAGGAGAGGAACUCCAGUCUGGUCCAGGAGGACCCAGAGCCUCCACAGAUUAAAGAGGAGCAGGAGGAAGUCUGCAGCAGUCAGGAGGGAGAGCAGCUUGGACUGAAGCAGGAGGCUGAAGGCAUCUGGACUGAUGACGAGCGGCUCAGACUGCUGGAGACCAUCUGGAAACCUGAGAAAAAGUCAGGCAAAAUAGACCUCCAUCAGGAAGAUGUCUGUGGGGAGGAGGUUCUCACAGAGCAGCAGGUCUGUAACCAGGAGAGGAACUCCAGUCUGGACCAGGAGGACCCAGAGCCUCCAGUAAUUAAAGUGGAACAAGAGGAACUCUGCAGCAGGCAGGAGGGAGAGCAGCUUGAACUGAAGCAGGAGGCUGAUACCUUUAUGGUGACUCCUUCUUAUGAGGAAAGUGACCUUAGUCAACCAGAACCAAAGAGUGAGCAGUUCCUUUCUCACAGCUCUCCAGAAGCAGAGAGCCAAGAUCAGGAAGAAAGCCAGAAUGUGGACUUGGGAACAACUAGAAAUGCAGAGUUGAAGAAGAGGAGACAUCACAGAAAGAGAAGUCACAGUCAGAGAGUAGACAGUGCUCCUGUGUCAGACAGUCAGAGUCGAACUGACAUAAGGAAAAAGUCUGUACAAUGUGACACCUGUGGAAAAACUUUACGGAACAAGUACAACCUGACUACACACCUGAGAGUUCACACAGGUGAGAAACCGUAUUGUUGUAGCACAUGUGGGAAAAGAUUUGUUCAGAAAUCAGAUUUGGAGCGUCAUGUAAGAACACACACUGGUGAGAAGCCAUAUCCUUGUAGUACUUGUGGGAAAAGAUUCAUUCAGACAUCAGAGUUGCAGCGUCAUCUAAGAACUCACACAGGUGAGAAGCCGCAUUGUUGUAACAUAUGUGGAAAAAGAUUUGCUGGCUUAUCGGGGGUCAUAAAUCACAUGAGAGUUCACACAGGUGAGAAGCCGUAUUCUUGUAGCACCUGCGGGAAAAAAUUCGGUCAGAAAUCAGUUUUGAAAACUCAUGUAAGAAUUCACACAGGUGAGAAGCCACAUUCUUGUAGCACCUGCGGGAAAAGAUUCACUCAGACAACACAUUUAAAGAAACACAUGAGAGUUCAUGCUAGUUCAAAGUUCCAUGCUUAGAAAAUGUGCGACAGCUGUGAGUUGUAGCAGUGUGUUGGUGGUAGAGCUGGUGGUGAGUGAAAAGGUGAUCCAUAUUCAAGUCAGUCUUUUCUGCACAGAGCAGGAAGGAACUCUGUAUUUAUAUUUUGUAUUUUAUUUUUUUAUACAGUAGGACAAUUUAACAUUGCUGCAUUUAAGCAAAAAUGCAGCUGAUGUGUAUAGGACUUCUAGCAACAGCUAAUUUGCAGACCUUGUCUGCAGGCAGGCUUUUAAGGCACAAUAUGUCAAUACAAAUAUAAGAACAAACCAUUAAAAAUAGCAACAACAAUAAUAAUCAUAAAAGAGCAACUACUAUAGAUAAAUAGAAACAUUUAAGAAAAACCAUUAAGAAGAGCAAUUUUAAUUUUAAGAUCAGCUUACCUAGUGGUUACAUCUUUACUGUUGAAUUUCCAAAUCAUCUGACUGAGUCAGGGGCAAGGCCAGUCACACAUUUCAAAGUCAACUUUAAAAGAGGAAAGAUUUAUGAAAUCCUCAAAGAUUACCAUACUAUAUGAUAUAUAAGUUUAUAUAUCAACAUUACAAGUUUUCUAACUGAUUUGGGUGCUAUAAAACUUUUUUGUAGUUUUUUUUUUUUUUUUUUUUUAACAGUUCAAAGAUCGGAAAUUAUUUUCGGGACCACUGUAAGACACUAGUCAUUUGGCUGUUCAGUAAUUCUUCAGCAUGUUAUGAGGUUUUUGAUGUUUCAUAGAUGACUGCAUCAUCAGCAUACAUUUCACACUACACUCUGGUAAAGCAUUAAUAUAUAGGUAAGAGUGGUGGUCCUAAAAUUGAACCUUGCCGUAUUUCUAUUUUGCAGUUUUUAAAGGAUAAUAUCAAAUCGUUAGAUUGCAAAAAUGAGUUAAACGAGAUAUAUGCUCUCAGCAUUGUUAAUUCAGGUUUAGGGCUACAACUAUUGAUUAUUUUAGUAAUUGGGUAUUCUAUUGAUUAUUCCAUCGAUUACUCGAGUAAUCGGAUAAGAAAUACUUUUUUUGUAUUAACAGUUCAUCUGCAUAUUUUAACUUUUAUACUGCAGUUUUUUUUCUGUGGAUGGAGCAGCUACAAAGUUCUCUUUCCUUCACUUGCUGAUCAGGUGGUUGAAGGACCUCCAGCUGUUUCCCAGUAAAUGUGUAAUAGUGGUUACAGGGGGGCUAAAAAAAAAUAAAACAUGCCUCUUUGCACUUGUGCAGACAGACUGCAUGUAUAACAGCUGCCUGCUGUUAGUGCGUUGGUGUUUUUGUUGAAAAACUGGGGGCUGCAAGAUGUAAUGCUUUGUAUUCACAAUCAUUCUCCUAAAUAAGUUUCUACUGCAGGUCUAUAUUUAGUCACUAACCAGGGAUUAAAGUAUAAAAAAUAUUUUGACGGGGACGGGGUCAUUCCAGUACCGAACGAUGGCUAGUGCUAGCAAUAUGUCAUUGGUUAUAGUGAUCCGUUCUGGGGGCUGAAGUAGAGAAAAAAAAAUAACUAAAAUUCUCAGUACAGCAAGCACAACACACAAACACGAGAGCGGUGGAGGUGUGGAAAAACAUAACAGCGUCGCAGCGACGGAGUACUUCAGAGGGGUUUUUUCUGACUCCUGAGCCAGUUCAGUAGGUGGUGGUAAUGCAGCAUUAAGGUGUUUGCUUACCGCUAGUUAACCCACAAGAAGACGACAACGAUGGAGAAAUGUACUGCUACUAAUGGGGGUGAAACGCGCCACUUCCUUGGAGACACCUGAGCGCUGCAGAGUUUCAAACGACGCAUUUAAGCAGCAAACUUGCUUCGGGGAUUUUUUUAUAAUCGAAUUAUUCGAGGAAUAGUUGCAUCCCUAUUCAGGUUAUUACCCUAUUCUAAUUAUUGUAUCAGGGAAAAUCUGAGCUUACAUUUCAUGAAGGUUAAAGUUCAGUUUGCUCUUGUUCUGUUGGAUCAUUGUUUAGUUCUGUUGUUAGUGUUUAUCUGUUCUUAAAGUUUAAAAAUAAAGAUUUCAUUCAGA